AUGGCGAACCCCCAGACAACAGAUUUCAGCGAGGCCAUUGGUGACGCCGCCACCGACUUUUUCUUCCAGCUCUGGAGCUUUGUCGAAAUUACCUUCCGCCGCUUCUUCGGAAACCUCUACACCUCCUUCGUGGACGUCAGCGCACGCCGCUGGACCAAGGUCGCUGUCGUCGUCCUCGUCUACGUGGUAUUGCGGCCGUACCUCGAAAAGUUCUUCAAGUGGCUGCACGACCGCGACCGCCGCAAGGAAAAAGAAAAGAAGGAGGCGGAUAAGGCCGCCCGCACCGGCGCCGGCACGAAGAAGCCCAAGAUGUCGGCGAAUGCGCUGCGCGGCGGGUCCGGAUCCGGCGGCAAGGUGCUGGGCGAGGUUGACAACACCGAUGACGAGCUGGAGGACGAGGACGAGGAUAACCUGGCCAAGGCGAGCGGUGUCCCCGAGUGGAAUAAUAUGGCGCGCAAGCGGCAGAAGAAGUACCUCAAGAAUUUGCAGAAGGAGGCGGGCAAGCGCGCGGAUGAUUUGUCUGAGGAGCAGAUUAUGGAGUUGUUGGACUGGAGUGAGUCUGAGGGCGAGAAGAAAUAG